CCAGUGCGCAGGCGCGGGGGUCGUGGGUUGCACUGUGGAGGCCGGGUGGUGGCGCAGCUGCGGCCGGAGGUGUUGCGUGGAUCUGCCUCGCGGGGACGCAGGUCCCCUGCCGCAGAAGCUGCUUGUGGACCAAGCCCCUGGCUGGAGCCAGCAAUGGUAGGUGACUGCGCUGCUGUCCCUUUGUGGCCCGACAGAUCGCCAGAUUCCUUGGCGCCAGACCGCUCGUGUGAGCCUUCAACACCUGUGAAUCCUCCUGCCCGGCCUGCCCGUGCUCCGUCCCCCUGAGUGGAGCGUCAGGAGGACAGGAUGGCUGUCGUGCGCAGGAAGUCCCGACCCAAGGCGCCUGUGACAUUUGGAGACUUGGCCAUUCACUUCUCCCAGGAGGAGUGGGAGUGGCUGAGCCCCACACAGAAGGAUCUGUAUGAAGACGUCAUGUUGGAGAACUUCCAGAACCUGGUCUCUCUGGGUCUGUGCUGUCGGAGGCCAAAUGUGAUCACCUUACUGGAGAUGGGAAAGGCACCGUGGAUGGUGGAGCCGAAAAGCUGCCGGGGCCCUGACUCAGGGUCUCAAUGCGUGAGGACGAAGUUACCACCGGACAGGCGCUGCCUCCGCGGGAAGCUGGGUUUCCUGCUGCCGCCACCAAGGCCACCAGAGCCCACCUGGAGUCAGCACGCCAGCCACCGCCUGCCCGCAGGGAAGCCCCGGCCAGGGCCCGCAAGGAAAGGCGUGCCGGGGCGCCAGGGCCCUCUUCGGUGCGGGGCCUGCGGGAGGGGCUUUGGCCGACUCGUGUCCCUGCUGCUCCACCGCGGGCGCCACCGAGGGCAGCCGGGCUGGCGGUGUGACACCUGCGGGGCACGCUUCACCCGGAGAACCACCCUUCUCCUGCAUGUGAGAGGUCACCGGGGGGCGGCCCCCUCGCGCCCACCGCUCCGUGCCCUCCACCGGACCGCACCCCUGGGCCUGCGAAGGGUGCAUGCGCGGACCCCUGCCGAGGGGCCUGGUAGCCCGCGCAUCUCAGAGAAUCCCUUCGCGUGCGGGAGGUGUGGGCGGCUUUUCGGGGGCGUCUCGGCCCUGGUGCUCCACCAGAGAGCGCACGCCUCGGGAAGGCCGCGCAAGUGGGGCCCGCGCAGGACUGGCUCCGGGCGGUCCCUGGCCCUUGAGGUGCUCGCGCGGGUGCACGCCGCAGGGGGGCGGGGCGUUGGGCGGGGGCGAGACAGGGAUGCAAGUGCGAGAGUCGCCGCCUGGGCACCGCACCCCGGGGCCCACGGUGAGACCAGGAAGCGCCUAGAAUGCAAGGACUGCGGGAAGGCGUUCUCCAGACCCACGAACCUGAAGAUCCACCGGAACGUCCACUCGGAGGAGAAGCCCUUCAAGUGCACUAAGUGCUGCAAGGCGUUUGGGCGCCAGGCCUUCCUCGUGGAGCACCAGCGGAUCCACACCGGGGAGAAGCCAUACCGGUGUGAGCAGUGCGGGAAGGCGUUCAGCCACCGCAUCUCCCUCUCCCGCCACCGGCGGACCCACACGGAGGACAGGCCCUACGCGUGCGCACGCUGUGGCAAGGCCUUUGGCCAGCGCGCGCACCUGGCGCAGCAUGAGCGCAUCCAUACCGGGGAGCGGCCGUACGCGUGCCCGGCGUGCGGGAAGGCCUUCGGCCAGCGCACCUCCCUCGUCCUGCACGAGCGCAGCCACACCGGCGAGCGGCCCUACGCGUGCCGCGAGUGCGGGAAGGCCUUCAGCAGCGGCUCCGACCUCAUCCGCCACCAGCGGAGCCACUCGGCGGAGAAGCCCUACACGUGCGGCGCCUGUGGCAAGGCCUACAGCCGCAGUUCGUCCCUGGCCCGCCACCAGAGUGCGCACGCGGCAAAGCGGGCCUGAGGCGGGGCGGGGCCGAGGCGGGGCUCUGGGACUGAGUGCGCACGCGGCGGGCCGGGCCGCUGGGUGAGGUUGGAGCCCGAGGCGCGGCGGUGUGGCUUCCUCUCAGUCGGUCUGUGACAGAAGAGGGCUGCUCUCGGUUCUGCGGAGCAGGGGAGCACGGGUGAGCCGCGGGCACCAGGCGCGCUCUUGGACGUCCUUGAGCGCAGGGCGGGGAGGACUGGCCUUUUUACCUGCGUGCAUGUGUCUUAUAUUUACCUGAAUAAACGUGUGGCGUGUGA